ACUGCAUCGAGUGAAGUGGGUGAAGUGUAAGGAUGUUCGGCCAAUUGAAUCCUGCGCUGUCAAAAAUAUCCACUUGAGGUAUAUAUCAGAAGGCGUUCGCAUAGUGAUAAAUGCAGCAAAUAUAGCACAAUGUUAUACCAAGAGAAUUAAAGUGUGUGAUAACCAGUUGUAGAUAAGACACUUAAAAUUGCAACGAAACUAUUUGCAACGUAAAAUUGCUUUUCUACGAAAACUCAGCACAACAUUUUUCAUCCCUCAUAAUAAGAAGUCUAUCCUGAAUAUCCAGUUUUAUUAGAUAAGAUGAAACGACAAAAUAUUCGCACUCUUUCACUGGUGGUGUGCACAUUUACCUAUCUGCUGAUUGGAGCAGCCGUAUUUGAUGCCCUCGAAUCAGAAACCGAAGCCCGUCGGUGGGAGUUUUUAAAGAGUGUGAAAGCUAAUUUUGUCGCAAAAUACAAUAUUACACCGGAAGACUACCGCAUGAUCGAGAUAGUAAUAACAGAAAACAAACCACACAAAGCUGGUCCUCAAUGGAAAUUCGCGGGUGCUUUCUACUUUGCUACAGUAGUGCUGGCUAUGAUUGGAUACGGCCAUUCGACUCCAGUUACCAUCGGAGGGAAAGCUUUUUGCAUGGCUUACGCUAUGGUUGGUAUUCCGCUAGGGUUAGUGAUGUUCCAGAGCAUCGGCGAACGCUUGAACAAGUUUGCAUCGGUGGUAAUACGGCGGGCGAAAAAGUAUCUCCGCUGUCAACAAACCGAAGCAACAGAAAUGAAUCUUAUGCUUGCCACCGGGUUGCUUUCGUCCGUAAUUAUCACAACGGGAGCGGCGGUCUUUUCUAAAUAUGAAGGCUGGUCUUAUUUUGAUAGUUUUUACUACUGCUUCGUAACCCUCACCACAAUUGGGUUCGGAGACUACGUUGCACUUCAGAACGACCAAGCGCUCAUCAACAAACCAGGAUAUGUAGCGCUAAGUCUAGUGUUUAUUUUGUUCGGACUAGCUGUUGUUGCAGCCAGUAUAAAUCUGUUGGUGCUACGUUUCAUGACAAUGAACGCUGAAGAUAUUCGACGCGAAGAGGCGGAAAUGCAAUCUAGUGGGAAUGGCUUGAGCUAUGAGUGUGAAUCGACUGGAAAAUUAUUGUCAUGUGCCAAUUUAAACUAUUGUUCGGAAAUUGAAGAGGAGGACACUUCAGUCUGUUCUUGCACUUGUCUAGGAGGAAAUAGUUUCACCAAUCAUGAGAAUGAAUUUCUUCUAAACCAAGGGUAUCACCCAGCCGAUAUAAUCACCAGUACCAUAAGUUUAAAGCGAAUGUCAAUAUAGAAAAGUCACGGAGUUUUUGAAAACCUUAGAUAAA